AUGCCAACACAGACUAAGAAAUCGGUGUCUGUGACGCCAACAGAGAGACCUGCUAAAGCAAAGAAGAAGAAGAAAAAAGAGUCGGGAAGAAACAGUCGACAUUCCGGCAGUAAAACGCCCGCUUCGGGCGCUGAUAGCUCCAGUGAAGGAACCCGUCGAAAGUCAAGAUCGAAGUCACGAGCAGACACCGAGAAAAAGGUUGCAAGCGAUUUCAACUCGAAAUCUUGCUCUUCAAGCACACAAAAUCCUUCUUCAAGUAGCUGGCGAACAAGCAGUUCGGACGGCCGAAGCACAAGCAGCAGUGGAGAAAACUUCGGCGCAACAAGUUGUACAAAUUCAGCUUCUUCGAACGAAACGCGUUCACGAGAAAACGCGGUCAACACAAGCACAUUGGCCGUUGCAUCGUCGUCGACUUUAACUCGAAUAAACGAGACUUUAAGAUGGGACUUUACAAAGUGUGAUGAUCCAGCUGAGGAAGAGGAACGGUUAAAAAUCUAUAAAUUACACAGAAGGAAAAGAUACAUGGAUUUUUUGCACAAAAGGACGGGUGGAGAACCUCAAAGUAGCUUCUAUGCGUAG